GCAGCACCGCCCGCUGCCAGGGCCAUGCCAGGGCUGGGCCCGGAGCCGCCCGGCCGCCGCUGCCCGCCGCCCCCUCAGAGCAGCCCCCCGCGCCUCCAGGGCGGCCUCCCGCCCGCGCCAGGCGCCGCCCCCGGCGGAGGCGGUGCCGCCCCCCCGGCGGCCGGGCCCGGCGGUGGCAGCGGCCGCGCGGGCCGGGGCGAUGGCGGCGGCGGAGGAGGACGUGUUCCUGAGAGCCCGCGGCAGGACUCUGAACGCCUUCGUCCCAGAUGCUGAGUACCAAUGGAAGGGGCCCUUCUACUUCAUCCAAGGAGCAGAUCCUCAGUUUGGGCUGAUGAAAGCUUGGACACAUGGAGACACUAACAAUGGCGAUGACGAAUGGGGAGAAGAAAUUAAAUUAGCAGAGCAAGCAGUGCAGGCCGUUAACAAACUGAGCCCUAGACCCAAGUUCUUUGUGCUGUGUGGAGACCUUGUCCAUGGAAUGCCAGGAAGCCGAUGGAAAAAAGACCAAGAGCGAGAUUUAAAGAAUGUUCUGAAAAACACUGACCAGGACAUACCACUGGUAUUAGUCAGUGGGAAUCAUGAUAUUGGCAAUACUCCAACAAAAGAAACCAUAGAUGAUUAUUGCAAGAACUGGGGAGAUGACUUCUUCAGCUUUUGGGUUGGAGGUGUUUUCUUUCUGGUGUUAAAUUCUCAGCUAUAUUACGAUUGUUCCAAGUGCCCUGAGCAAAGGCAAGCUCAGGAUGCCUGGCUCGAUGAGCAGCUGGCUGUUGCUGCAAACCAGAAAUGCAAGUACAUAAUUGUAUUUCAGCACAUCCCUCUGUUUCUGAGCAAACCUGAUGAAGACGAUGAUUAUUUCAACUUGCCUAAAUCCGUUCGUCAGGAGAUAAUGGAAAAGUUUCAUAACGCAGGUGUCCGAGCUGUAUUUGCUGGGCAUUACCACAGGAAUGCUGGAGGGUCCUACAAAGGCCUGGAAAUGGUGGUGUCAUCAGCCAUAGGGUGUCAGCUGGGACAGGAUACCCACGGCCUUCGAGUGGUGGUUGUGACAGAGGAGAAGGUGGUGCACAAAUACUACAGCUUAACUGAACUGGGCAGCCACGGCAUCGAGAAGGAGCUGCUGGAUAUGCUUGGAUAAGGAAAAGUAGGCUGUGUCAGGAGGUGUUUUUCCAUAUUAGAUAAACAGUUCCAUAAAGUUUCCCCAAGCAGAACUACACAUUUCUGACUGCAGUGUCCCAGAACAGCUCUCAGUUUGUUGUUGUCCUAAAUAACAAGGAAGUUGUUGACACGUUUUUCUUUUUGAAAAUGAGACCUGUGAGGGAUAUGGGAGAAGAGCAGAGCUAAUAUGGUAGUGUGUCAUUGAAAAGUACAGCUCUGAGAAUUUCCACUUUGCUCCUAGAUAAUACUUUCUUAUUACAGAGAAACUGGUGUCUGUAUGACCCUUUAACUAACUUGAGAGGUAUUUCAAAAUCAAUAAAUUUAGUAAUUUCUGAUACCUCCUGGACAAUAUGAAGGGGGUACAUUUUUACAGAAACAUCUUUAAAAAUGUGAAAUUAGCAGACUCCUGCUGACUUUUAGAAACUUUAAGGUCAUACCCUGUUACCUUGGGGUCAUAUUUUCUCCCAUUUCGCACACUUUAUUUUCUUAGCUCUUCAGAGCCAGGAGCAAUAGGAGAGCAGACACAUUCUGGUUUGCAGUCACAGCUUGGGUUUCUGUUAUAUUAUAAAGUUAUAAAGUUUAUAUAAUGUUAUAUAGUUUUAUAGUUUCCAUUAUAUAGUUUUAUAUAAUGAAAAGUUUGUAAAUGAGGCUGAUAUAAAUGUCACUGACGGAAACUAAAGGUGAAACAGUUACUUCUAUUUUGAAAUUUCACUACCAUUCCAUUAGCAUAUAUCCUGGCUCUUGCUGUGGAACUUGGAAUAGUUGCAUGGGGGAAUAUUCUGCACAGAAUACUGUAAGCAGAAGUCACUGUUGAUUCCUGGACAAGCAGAGAUCUUUGAUUUCCAAAUGCAAUGUAGAGUGCCUUACUGUAAGGCAGUACAGAAUACUACAGAAUAUUGAAAACCCUAAAAAGUAUGUUUUCUUCACUGCAAGAAGUCUUUAAAAACAAAUUCUUGAAAUAGUUGGUGUGCUGCAAUCCACCUUUUUUUAGCAAGUGUAUCUAGUUUGUUGCAAAUAAAGUCUUCAUGCAAUUAACUCAUA